GAGUUAAGUGCAACUAUAUAAAACUUAUAAACAUGUUCGAUUUACGGUUAAACAACAAAUUUUUAACUUCUUUUAUAUUUGUCAGUUUUCUUUUAAUUGCCAAUGGUGUUCAAAGGGAUUAUUGCGAUUUAAAAUGCAAAAGUGGUAAUCAAAUUUUUACUCACACCGUUUGCCAAAGAACCAAAGACAAAUGUGGUCCUCAUCAAAGAUGCGGUUCUGAAUUUCAAGUUAUUAAAAUCGACGAUAAAAUGAAACAUUUUAUAGUUAAUCUUCAUAAUGAUUUAAGGAAUAAAGUCGCUUCUGGUAAUGAAACUAGGGGAUUACAACCAUCAGCUAUGAAUAUGAAAGUUAUGACUUAUGAUUCUGAAUUAGAAUACAUAGCUCAAUGUUGGGCAAAUACUUGCAAUGCAAGUCCAUUAAAACAUGAUAAAUGUCGAAGAACAAGAUUUUUUGAUCAUAUUGGUCAAAAUUUAGCUUACGUAAAAAGCACCGCUCUCAAUAUCGGAUUAAAAUAUGCCAUAGAAACGAUGAUAAUGCAUUGGUAUGAUGAAGUUGCGAUAUUCGAUAGUGAAUGGGUUAAAUCUACACAACCAAGAGGUUCAAUUAAGGUCGGACAUUAUACGCAAAUGGUUUGGGCGGAUACAAAUCGAAUUGGUUGCGGAUUAUCUUUUUACACCAAAACGAGCCAAAAAACUAACCGAAAGUGGUAUCAUUAUUUUCUGGUGUGUAAUUAUGGGCCUGGAGGUAAUUAUAUCGGUUUACCUGUUUACAAGGAAGGUCCAUCUUGUAAAGCAUGCAAGAAUGGAGUCUGUAAUAAAAAGUAUUCUUCAUUAUGUGAUUAAGAACAAAGUAUUUAUGUUUUAAUUUUUUGAAAUAAAUAUAUUUUUUUAGUAAA